AUGGGGAAGCUGUUCUCCAAAGGCCAGCGAAAAAGAGAUGCUCGAGUUGUCAUGCUGGGGCUCGACUUUUCUGGCAAAUCCACCCUUCUCUACAAACUGAAGCGUGGCCAGGCUGUAGAGACCUGCCCGACGGUGGGCUUCAACGUGGAGUCUCUGCACACACCCUGUGGUGUGUCCUUCACCCUCUGGGAUGUUGGUGGACAAGACAGCCUGCGGGCAAGCUGGCCUGACUACCUGGAGGACAUAAACACCCUCAUCUUCGUGCUUGACAGCACAGACAUGACCCGGUUGUCCGAAGCGGCGGCCCUGAGCCACCCCAGCAUGGCUGGCAUCCCUGUCCUCCUCCUGGCCAACAAGCAGGAGGUGCCAGGAGCGCUGGCUCCUGCCCAGCUGGGGGAGAUGCUGCGGCUGGGGCAGCUGGCAGGGCACCGCUGGGUGCUCCGGGGGUGCAGUGCCCAUACUGGGCAGGGCCUGCAAGAAGUCCUGGCCAUCCUGGGGGAGCUGCUGCGGGGCCCCAAGCACAGCUCCCCAUCCCGAGAGCAGCCCCUCACAGAGCCAGCAGAGAGGAGACAAGCUCCAGAGCAAACCUGA